AUGGCCGGCCAACAAGCCCCUUCUAGGCCAUGGCUCCGCUUGACCUCCAUGGCUCGCCCUGUCGUUCCUCCGGCUCCUGCUCCUCAGCCGCCGCCUCAAGCUCCUCCUCCUGCUCCUGCUCCUGCUCCUGCUCCUGCUCCCGCACCGCAGCCACGACCAACCAUUUCGCUUUCCACAUUCAGACCCACCGCUCCACCUCCACCACAACCUCAAGAACUUCCACCCCCACCGCCACCUCCUCCCCCCAUGUCAUCCCCUCCACCUCCACCUCCACCUCCCUCAGUGCCCCGUUCGCCACCUCAGCAACCAGUGGAACCACUGCCUGAUGUGUCCACUGGCACCCUGCCCCGCACAACUACUGCAGUGACAUCAUCUCCUGUAAAGCCUCAGGUUCCUUCUCCGGCACGCAGAUCGCCCGUUCCAUCGCCCCCCAAACCUUCUAUCAUUGAGCCUACGAUCGUAAUGCCAGGGCAAAUGCCAAUGCGAAUGCCGUCUCCUAAAGUUGUCAAGCCUGCUGCUCGGACUCCCCCUCAAUCCCCUUCCGUGAAGCCAGUGGCUCCACCUCCAUCCCCUCUGGUUCUGCCUCCCCCCCAACUGAGAGCUGAUGAUCAGCCCAGGAUCCCCCAGGAGGCACAGCAAAAGACUGUCCUAGUUCAAGAAACCGUUCCACCCCCUCCCCCUAGCUACAGACUCCCAUCCCUCAGUGGUCGCGUUUAUUCUGAUGAGAUUCCAAAGGCCAGCAUUGUUCGUGAUACCAAAAAUGGAGAUGCAGAAAGGCACAGAGGUCCCCACCCCAAGAAGCACCUGGACUCUGGGGAGGUCCCCAGCAUGAAGGUCAUUACCCUUGCUGGCGAGAACAAAGGUGCAACGAUGGAGCUCACACGUUCCCCGAAACAUCCUCCUCCCCAUCAUCUUCUUCAUAACAAGGCAAGUCCUACAUCCAAGAGCAAUGGCCAAGAGUCCAGAAUCUCAUCAUUGCAUAGCGGCGGUGGCAGCAGCAGCAGUGAUGAAGGAAAUCAGAAGAUGCAGAUGAAAGACAAGAGUCAGCAAUCGAAAUCCUUCGCCUCUCCUCCGAUCAGCGCCUUCAUGAACAGCAAUGUGCAAGGCGUCAACAACUCCAUCGUCUACAACAGCUCUUGCACUCACCACGAUCCUGGCGUCCACCUUGCUCUCUCCCGAAAGCCAUCCAACGGCUCCUUGCACAUCAAGGACCUCGUCAAGGGGGGACACCAGCCUUGAUUAUUUGCGCGACAAUUCCCUCAACAUGAGAAUGACCGGAUUUGCAUUGUUUAUGUUUCCUAUAUUAAAAAGUCAGAAAUUAUGUUGCUACUGCGAAUAACUGAGAGAGAGAGAGGUUCGAUAAAAAGAAAAAGAAGAAGAAGAGUGGAGUGGAUUCUUAUUCAUAUUCUUAGUAGGACAUGCCAGGCCCCUUCUAGUGGAUGUCAUGUCACCGGAGAUUUCCCAAUCUCCUAUGUUUUAUUUGGAUUCUCCUCUAUACUAUCUAUAUGUGGAACAGUUAUCCUGUCGUGAAAUUUCAAUAAACUUCCGGAUUGCUAUGUUUUAUGAUA